GUUUCCGCAUUCCGCCGUGAUAGUGACCAGAGUGAAAGGCGCUGUCGCUAAUCCUGCAGCGCGACACUGACUGACGUCCUUCGGGGGGAAACGCGACCCAGAGAUCCGCAUAGAAAACAGAAGAUGCCGUACAUUCUGAUCAGCACACAGAUCCGGCUGGAAACUGGGCCCACCAUGGUAGGGGAUGAGUUUUCAGAUCCUGCUAUCAUGUCCUAUCUGGGAGCAAGGAAAACUACCCAGCUGGGCAACAACUUUUCAGAAUACCAUGUGGAUGAACCGCCACGAUUAGUCCUGGACAAGCUUGAGAAAAAAGGCUUCAGAGUUGUGUCCAUGACAGGAGUUGGUCAGUCUUUGGUGUGGUGCCUUCACAAAGAGACCCCACAACAUUUUUAAAAAGAAGUCAUGGUAAAACAGAAGGAUAUAUGUCUAAACGUAAAAAAAAAAAAAAAAAAGCCUACUUUUUUAAAUGUGAAAAUCUUUUAUUACUGCACCCGGAGAACUUCUCUCUUUCUAAAGUUAAGCCAGUGCAAGGCAAGUCAGUCCAAUAGUAAUUGCUGUUUAUUCCGGUUUAGGCAUAUUUAAAUGUAUGUACUUUAUAUUUCCCAAAUGAAGGUUAAAUAAUGAGGUUUACAUGUUUAUCUUUAAGAAUGCUUAAAAAAUCUAAUUUUUGUGGUUUUGGAGAAUCACAAUAUUAAUUUUAGCUAAAAUGUUAAACUCAUUCCACCACAUACAUUGCCAUCCAAACAAAAUGUCACUAAGUCAGUUUUUUGCUUUUUUACCAUUGUGACAUAUCCUUAGUUGUUUGCAUUUUUUGCCUAACUGUGUAAACCAUUUGUGUUUUACUCUACCACAUCACUGCACAAUUCAGUAUACCACCUCAUUCCAAUAUCUGAUUUAAAUCAAGGGUUUCUCAGCAAAAUGUGAGAAAACACAAAUCUCUGUAAGGUAAUGAAUGACCUUCUAGGACCUGUUUAACAACAUUGUUGUACUGUAAAUGUAAAAUGAAAUGUGUGCUCCCACAGAAGGACUAAAUAAAAACGUUUUGAAGAAAA